GUACAUGGUUUUUCUUAGAGUCUACCGCCCUGUUCCUCAGCAGUGGAGGAGCGAGCACAUCUGGAAACGCUGAAGAGAUGCUUAUCUGGAUACUUAUAAUACUCGUCGUUUUUGGUCCUGUUCCCUGGGCAAGAUGGUAUACGUGGGACCACACCGUCGAGCAGGUCCUGGUCGGCUCACUAU